ACUUUUUACAGCUCCUUACUGUUCUCCUCACAGCACAGGUCUUUGUUAGGCGCAUGCGCCAUACCGCAAAGAACACAACCAGUCUUGUGUGAGCAACAGCACAGUAACUUUUGCAUAGGAUGGAUCUAAAUUAGUCACUCAGUUCUACAGCCACAAUCUGACUGUCAAUCCCCCCCGACUGAUCAUAAUGCCUGACGCACCUCCAGUCAAAGCGCCCAAGAAGGGCUCAAAGAAAGCUGUCUCCAAGAGCGUCAGCAAGGCUGGCAAGAAGAGGAGAAAGUCCAGGAAGGAGAGCUACGCUAUCUACGUUUACAAAGUGAUGAAGCAGGUCCACCCAGACACCGGCAUCUCCUCCAAGGCUAUGGGCAUCAUGAACUGCUUUGUGAGCGACAUCUUUGAGCGCAUCGCCGGUGAGGCCUCUCGUCUGGCUCACUACAACAAGCGCUCCACCAUCACCUCCAGGGAGAUUCAGACCGCUGUCCGCCUGCUGCUGCCCGGAGAGCUGGCUAAACACGCUGUCUCUGAGGGCACCAAGGCCGUGACAAAGUACACCAGCUCCAAGUAAACUCUGCUGCUGAUAUACCAACAACACAAAGGCUCUUUUAAGAGCCACCCACUACAUCUGAAGACAUAUUCUCUAUACACUCAACAUUCAGACCCUGUGUUAAUUGUCAAUUAAUUUGCAAAUACAAAACUUUUCUAAUGCAUUUGCUUAGAUGAUGUUGUUUAGAUGCCCUACAAUAAGAUGUGUUGUGUGCAAACUCUGUUGCUGAUAAACCAAACAACUCAAAUGCUCCCAUCUUUAGUCUGUCUUUUUAAAGACCUGCUUCAAUCACAUCCACAAUUCACAUAUUGGAUUACAAUUAUGUUCAGUGCACAUACUUUGUCCCGGAUAUCCGAGUUGUGUUGUAAAGGUUGGAAACUGCUGGUGUAGAAAAUACAUAAAUCAAUUAAAUACCUGAAAUAUAAAAUUGAUUAGAAAAAUGCAGAGGGUAGAAAGUACAGUAUGGAGGAUUCAAAGACAAGUGUUAGUGUACACAUGUUUUUAUCGAGGCCCUCGCUUUGGCAAAUCAUGCCUUGUCUGUGACUUCAAAUCAUGCCGUGUCUGUGACUACAAACAAGGCUAUUUUAAGAGCGACAAACUUCAUCUGAAGACAUGCUCCAGACAUGUUCACUAAGGAAAGUGAAAUAAAGGCUCUGAGAUAUAAAAGUUAAUCUGCGCUACAGAAUAGUUAUACUGUGUUUGUUUAUCCUGAAGAUUGAAUGUGUCAAAAAUGUAUCCAUUAGGUAAUACAAUUUUAUAAUACUUCAUCUUGGCACUACAUCUUAUGAAAGUCUCUGGAAAAAUGGAAAUGAAAACCAAACUAAUUGAAUUUGGUGGGACCUGAAAUAUGUUAUG